CUGAAAUAACUUUUUGAUUUUUACAUAACAUUACUAUUUUAAAUAUUAAAUAUGACAUCGUUUUUAUCAAGAAUUGCUAUAAACGUAAUUCGGAGUACUGCGCAUAAAAGUUAUACGUGUCGUUCGGUGCCGGAACUUUUGCCAACUAUAAAUAAGUUAUUUUCUAAGAAUAAUGAUUUAUUUCGUACGUUACCAAGAUUUACUGUGAGAAAUUAUUCAGUGGAUGCGAUACAACCGCCUUUAGCGUUAGAUAAUGCGAGUAUACCGUUAAAAAAGAAGACUGUUUACAAGAAAGCCGUGCUCGAAGAAGUGAGUCAAAAAGAGGGACAUUUCUUGACUUUAGCCUACGCGACCGCUGAUUCCUAUGAUUUAAAGGGUCUUAAAGAGGCCCUCAUACAACAGAAGCUGUACGAACCUGGAACGUUAAAAACGGAAGUAGGAGAUGUGAUGGUAGCAAAUGCGGUAUAUACAAUAGGAGAUGAACCGAGACAGAUUAUAUUCUUCAAAGAAGGAGCCGUUGUAUUCUGGAACUGUACUGAACUUGAGGCGAAGAAUGUGUUGGAUUUUAUUAGGCCAUUUGAAACAGAAAGUUACCCCAGAGAGGUGGUGAAUAAGGAAAGGGAAGUCAUGACAUAUUUCUAUCAGCCAAAUUUAAAGAAGUGUCACCUGCAAGAAUCAUGCUUCGCUCUAGUGCCAAAUGGAGAGAAUUCAUUGGAAAUAUACACAUUCAGUCAUGCAAUGGCACAAUCAGCUCGUCUAGGAGCUUGGGAAGCCCGACUUGAAACACUAGCCGCGUCUAUCCGAUCGCACACCGUGCUCAUGGAGACAGAGGGCGCAGCCCGAGUUGACAAGAAGGAGGUAGUCCGUAAACUAGGCGAGUUAUUUUCUCUCAGGCAUCGUCUCACUGUAGAAUCAGAUCUACUCGACACUCCGGACUUCUACUGGGAGGAAGAAACGUUGGAACGGCUGUAUUCCAACACAGUGGCGUAUUUUACUAUUCCCCGACGGACUAGGGUACUAAACGAUCGUCUAUCCCACUGUGUGGAACUACUAGAGCUCCUGUCCUCGUGGGCAGCGGACAGACAUCAUGUACGUCUAGAGUGGAUGGUCAUAGCGCUGAUCCUGGCUGAAGUGUGCUUUGAGCUGCUGCACUGCUUCGAGCGGUAUGUUGUUAGGGAGCGGGAGGCUUUGGAGGGGUAGGAGGGAUAAAAUUAACAAAAAAAAACGAAAAAAUAGGUGUAGGAUUAAUAUUGGAGGGGUACAAUAGAAAAAAAAUGAGGUUAAUCCCAACUUAUCUUAUAAAAAUGGGGGAUAUUAUACAAAAAAAAGGUUUUUACCCCUAAUAAUCUACAGAUGCGAGGAAUAAUAUAACAAGUGGGGGGGGGGGGGGGGGAAUCCCUACUAAUAUUAUAAAUGCAAAAAUUACUCUGUCUGUCUACCUCUUCUUCAUGGAUAAACCACGUUCUUCUCGAGUGGAUGGUCAUAGCGCUGAUCCUGGCUGAAAUGUGCUUUGAGCUGCUGCACUGCUUCGAGCGGUAUGUUGUUAGGGAGCGGGAGGUUUUAGAGGGGUAGGGUAAACGGUCAAGUGUGAGCCGGCCUCCUGUCCCGUUAGACAGAUAGA